AUGCAUCGUAAUUCAACAUUCAGCGACAGUACUGUUACACAAUUGAAGAGAUAUCAAUGGUGGCAGAAUCGUCGAUUUAAACUCGGUAUAUCUAUUCUUGUUCUAGUGAUCGCUAUAAUUACACUAUCGCUGAUAUUAAAAUUUAUUGUUUUUGCACCGGAAAAGUCUGAAACUACUACUACUACUACUACUACUACUACUACAUCAUCAUCAUUAACAACAGAAGUAUACUCAACAACGACAACAACAACAAUAACUACAACAACCAUCACUCAACAGUUAGUAUGGCAUAACACUGGUAACCUGACUACUACGCGAUAUCGACAUGCAGCAUCUGUUUUAAACGAUGGAAAAGUGUUAGUGACUGGCGGAUUAGGAAGUCAGUAUCAACUAAGUAGUACAGAGUUAUAUGAUCCAUCAACAGGCAAAUGGACACUUACGGGUCGUAUGCUUAUUGAACGAGAACUUCACACAGCAUCUGUAUUAACAAAUGGAAAAGUAUUAGUUGUAGGUGGAGAAUCUUCUCAUGGUUAUAUAACGGAAAGUGAACUAUAUAAUCCAUCAACAGGUAAUUGGACAGUUACUGAUUCAACGCAGUAUGCACGAGCUGAACAUACAGCAACUGUACUACCGAAUGGCAAAGUAUUAGUGACAGGUGGCUUUUAUGGUGAUAGACAUCUAGAUACUGCUGAAUUGUAUGAUCCAUCAACAGAGACAUGGACAAAUACUAGUACCAUGAAUAUUGGACGAGAACAUCAUACAGCAACCGUGUUAAGAGACGGAAGAGUUUUAGUUGCUGGUGGAGGUAAACAUCCUAAUGAGCACACUGCAGAGUUAUAUGAUCCUGUAAGAGAAAUAUGGACUUAUACUGGUAAUAUGACAGGUGGGCGAGAACGCCAUACAGCAUCUGCAUUAGCAAGUGGAAAAGUAUUAGUUACUGGUGGAACACAAGAUGGUCCUUCAAAUACUGCUGAGUUAUAUGACCCAAAUACAGAAACAUGGACUGCUAUUAGUAGUAUGAAGGAUGGGCGAUUUGAUCAUACAGCAUCCGUAUUAUCAAAUGGAAAAGUAUUAAUCUCAGGUGGAUAUUUAUCCAAUUCUCUUAAUAGUGUUGAAUUGUAUGAUCCACUGACAGAAAGUUGGACAACUAUUGCAAGCAUGAAUCAUCUUCGAAGUGAUCACACUGCAUCUAUAUUAUCAGAUGGAACAAUCUUAGCUGCAGGUGGAUAUGAUAGAGGAUCCAUGAAUACUGCCGAGCUAUAUAAAUCAUUGUAA